GUGGAUUCUCAAACGCGGCAUUUGUAGGAAAUAAUUCCUUUAGUACAAAUUCCUACGAGUAUUUUCCUACGACUUCAAUUACAUGUAUUCUUGAAUCAAAGAGGAAUUUAUGUCGAGAAUCAAGUCCCAGUUCAUUAGUUGGAACGUUUUUGUAAACUGUCAAAUCCAUUCUCCUAAUUUUAGUUCUGUGAAUUAAAAUAGCGUCCAAGAUGGAAGGCUAUGUCGCAACCCCUCUAACCGAAAAAGGACUUCAUUCACAGGAUCAGCAUUCAGGAAUAUUUAACUAAUUAUUUUUUAUACCUUUUUGUUUUGUAUUAUUUUAAAUGUUCCGUGUACAGUAAUAUUUACAUAAUUUUCUAUUUUAAAUUCUGUGCUGAUACUGCUGAAAACCAACCAACUAGUUGCUGGCUUGCUAGACUAGGGUACUAAAAGGCCAUACAACUAAAGAAAAGAAGUAGAAAAUCAUUUCUAUGAAAAACCCGCGAAUGGGCGAAUUAAUUUUUUUAGUUUUGUUGGUUACAAGUGGCUACAGUUCUUGAGACCUAAAACCUAAGUAGUCACAAUAAUGCCCCAGUAUAGAGAAAUAAUGCUGUGAACAAAGUUUCUUAAAACUAUAUCAAGUGUUCGUGUUAAUUAAACAAUAUUGAUAUUAAAUCUAUUUUCGUUUAUACAAUUAAGUUCCCUUUAUAAAUAUAUUUCAUUCUAAAUGGAAACGGAUCCCAAAGAGAUGCCUGUUUCUAGGAAAAGACGGCCAAGAUCGAAAUCACCUUCUGAAGAUAAUGCUGAACAAAAUUUAAAAAAGAAACGGCUUGAUAAUGGUGAAGAAAUUAGUUUAAACGAAAUAACCAAUGAACAGGCAAGUUUACAAGAAACAUCUGUGAACGGGUCUAUUUAUGUUAAAAAUGAUUCCGCAUCUGUGAUUAAAGGAGAAACAGAACCUCUAGGAAAACUAGAGUCAAAAUUCUGCAGCAAUGAGACGAAGACCCGAACAAAUAAUGAAAAUAAAAUGGAAAUUUUUACACAGCAGAAAGAGAUAUCUGAAACUGGAACAAUAAAUGAUAUAGAAUGCAACAAUACUGAUGACAAAACACUUAUAAAUAUUUCAGAAGAAAAAUCUCCCGAGAAAUCUGAUCAGUUCAAUAAAAUAGAAGGCACAACUCAAGGUUUAGUGGAAAAUAAAAAAUGUGAGGAAAAUAUUGUUUUAGAAUCUGAAGAAAAAAGAGCAGAGGAUAAGAUUAGUGAGGCACUAAUCCUAUCAUCUGACACUGAUGAAGAUACAACAUUUGAUAAAGAAAAAUUAUUAAAAACACUAGACCACACUCCAACGAAAAAAUUAAAUCCAGAAACUCCAAAUAAAAAACUAACACCCAAACAGAUGCAAAAGAAAUUAGAGGCUGAAAAGAGGAACCAAGAAAAGCAGAAAGACAAGGAAGAAAGAAUGAAAAAGAAACUUGAAGAAAAAGAACGUAUAACACAGGAAAAAUUAAAAAAAAAGGAAAUGAAGGAAAAAGAAAUUGAACUAAAGAAAAAAGAAAGGGAUGAAAAAGAGGAAAAGAAAAGAAAGGAACGUGAAGAGAAAGAACAAAAACGAAAAGAAAAGGAAGAAAUGGAAGAACAAAAGCGCAAAGAAAGAGAACAGGAAAAACAAAAGAAACUACAAGAAAUUGAAGAGAAAAAUAUGGAGAAAUUAAAAGAGGAAGAAAAGAAACAAAAAGCUGUAGCGGCAUUUGUAAACUUUUUUGUUCCUAAAAAGUCUGAAGAAACACAAAGGGUACAAACUUCAAAUUUUCUUGAAUUUGAAGUCAAGUCAGACAUGAAACUGCCUCUUCCUAGAAGAGAAACUAUGUCUACAAAAGAAAAAGAAACAUUAGAAUACUUAAUUCAAAAUCAAAACGAAAAAGCUUCUUACUUAAAAGAUCUCUCAUCUGGAAAAGUAAUUGGAAAAAGCUUAAAAACUUGGCCUUAUAAAGAGACCAUAGAUGAUGAUGUUCUAUUAGUAGAUUUGGGAGAAACUAUUUGUGAAGACAAAUCAAGUUUACAGAGACACAGAGCUAAAUUUUUAUAUUUUCACGAAAAUCGUAGGCCCGCAUAUUAUGGUACCUGGAGAAAAGAAAGUAAAUUUGUUUUACCAAGAAAACCUUUUGGAGAAGAUAAAAAGUUACUCAACUAUGAAGAAGACUCAGAUGAUGAUUGGGAAGAAGAAGAACAAGGUGAAUCUCUUAAUGGUUCUGAAGAUGAAGCAGACAAAGAAAUUGAAGAUGAAAAAGAUGAUUAUGAAGUCGAUAAUGAAUUCUUUGUACCACAUGGACACUUAAGUGAUGAUGAAGUUGAUGAUGAGGAAAUGGCAAGAUUGUCACCUGAUUCCCUCAAACAAAAACUGAAACUUCUCAAAGAAGAAUUUGAUCAAGAUAUGAAAUUAAAAACUCUUAAACUAAAACCCAGAUCAAUUGGCUGUAUUUGGUAUAACAAAGAAGGCACUAAUGUUGAGGAUCCUGUUAAUAAAUAUUUACAACCACUUGCUAUAAUAACUAGACACACUCAGAUAAUUAUUAAAAGCAGAAUUGACAUUGCCAGUUUGGUCAAGGAGAAAAGAAAUAAAGUAAUUAAAGAGUUAGAUCCUGAGCUUAUCCCUUCACUUCUAAAAAUAAUUCAUGGAAGUUCUAAGAAAAAGAGCAUGUUGGUAGAACAGUUUCUAGCCGAAAAUGAACUUAAUGUUUCUAAAGGUUCCUUAAUGAGACAGUUAAAACAAUGUGCGGUUUGGGAGAAGUAUAAAGAUCUAGAAACAAAAAGGUACAAGUUUCGUUGGAUUGUUCAUCAAGAAUUAAGAGAAAAAUAUAAUUUAAUUUAGUAUUUAAGUUUAUGCAUUAUGAUUAUACAAUCUUAAAUAAACCAAUAAAAUGAUGCUGGAAAAUAUCAUUG